CACCCUUUCUCCAUGUCUUCCAUCUCUCUCUCACCCACCCAAAAUCUCCAAAAAACACUUUAAAAAACCAACCCGAAAGGUACAACACAAACAUACAAAAUAAAGGCAACAAAAGCAAAGCAUCUUCCGUUGGGCCCUUCCCUCUUCUUUCCUUCUCUCUCCCAAGAACCAACAUAAAACCCUGCAAGCAACAACGGAGCAACAAAAUAAAAGGAAAUUCAUAAAACCAACAAGCAACAUUACAAUUUCAAAGCCAUGGAAGAAUCUGAUGGCUACCCAAAAGAGUGUUACACCGAAGACGGCCGGAGAGUGAUGUCAUCUUCAUCCACCACAAGCGUCCACGUCACGGCUCUGGACGGCCUGGUCAACGUCAACUCACUAUUCACCAUCGCAGUCUUCGUGGGUCUGUCUCUGACAACACCAGGACAGAGAAGCCUCGAGGGCAAGACAGCCUGCGACGCCAGAAUCGACGUAGCCAAGAAGCUCCUGGUCUUCGAGGUUGUCUCCUUCAGCUUCUUCCUCUUCUCUUCUCUGGUGGCGCAGGGCCUCAAGCUGGCAAUCAACUUGCUCAACAGCAAGGAUGUCGACGAGGCCUUCCGGGCCCACAUCAAUCUCAAAGUCUUGAGAUUUGGGAUGAUGGGUUCGGCUUUCGGGUCGGUGAUGGGCUGUGUGUUUUUGGUGCUGUCAAUGGUGGAUGUGAUUCAGAUUAGGUUGGGGAUGUUGUCUUGUGGAAGCAAAUCUGCCGUGCAUUCUGUUGCGGCUCUUGUCGUUUUGGUUUCCACGGCUCUUUUGGUCUAUAUUUCCACUGUUGUUUAUGCUUUUCUUCAUUAGCUGAAGCCCAAUUUUAUAUACAUGUUUCUUAUUCAGUAUCAUAUUUUGUAUAUUUGUCUCUCUGGGUUUUGUCAAUUGGUCUUUGUUUUGUCUCUUUUUGUUUACAAGAGACAGUUUUGACUGGCAUUUGUUUGAAACCUCUGUUUUGGUUGGAAGAUAAAUCUGCAAAAGAUGGUAACUUUUAGGUGCUU